CUUGCUCUCCAGAGUCUCCACCCGAUCGAGACGGCGACGGUUUGGCUAUGGCCAUAUUCCCCGGCCUUCACUAGCCACUGCAUCCCACCUUGCCUUGCGGGGAUCGGCAAGUCAAUUUGGAUCACGUCGAGGUUGGUGCUUAGAGUUAGAGCAAGGUUGGUACCGACCAUUACACUAGAUCCUGCUUUUCCUCCCCCAAACUACUUGGAUGAAGUGCCUUCCUUGCCAAACAGACGGCAGUAGGAGAGUCUUGCCCGGUGCCGGCCAAUUCUUGUCGGAUCUCUACUCGACAUAGUUCGGUUUGGCUGAUCUAAGACUAAGGCCAAUAGCCAUACUAGUACCCGGACCGCGGAGCUGUUUCAACAUCGCGGACACCGUUGACCUACUCCUUGACUACACAAGCUGGAGAACUACGUCAAACGCCUCCCACAAGCUUCAAGAUGCAGUCCGAUUGAAUCGCUUCGCGGAACAACACGAACAGGUAGUGACCUUAGCCCGGCCUCAUUGCGAAAUGUCGUACUCAGAUAUCCGUGGGCGGUGCGGGUGCGUGUCGGAGUUCAUCCGCUUCCGACAAACACAUCGGCUGCAGGCAGGCAACCGGGAGCUAAGUCGCCGCCACCUCUCCUUGUGGAUUCACCCUAACACGUCCCUGUCAGCGCAGGGCGUGUGCGACCCGGCUGUACCAUCUAGUACAGUGGUUCCGCGACGCUUCACACCUGACGGCAAGCUCCUGAUCGGCUCCGAGUGCGACCUACGGAAGAUCCUGAUUUUCACGUACAACGGUGCUAUGGCUGGACAGCAGACAAUAUGGCAGGCAGCCGGCCGAGAGCUCCACGAGCAGCUGAGCAGCAAUCUAUUCGAACGCUAUUUCACAUUGAGGUGGGAGAUUCCGCUGCAGCACGAGUUUGCACCCUUGCAGGUGCACACUGCACUUGUCACGCCGGACAGCCGCUUUCUUCUCGCUGUCGUGCGCUGGGACAGCGGGCCCCGAGAGGCACCGCAGCGACCAAGCUAUUACCAGAGCGAUCGGGUCGCCUUGGAUGGCAUUGCAAGCAUUUUAGAAGAUUGGAGCGUCUGGGUCAUUAACCUCGCUAGCGGCAAAGUCACCAGUCGCAUCGAGUUCCCAGCGGAUGCCCUCGCAUCGCCCGGGCCGAGUGGUCAGCUUAUGUGCCAACUGUUCAACUACACCUUCGUCGUGCUGUCAGUUCCGCACCAGACCAUCCACUUCCACCACCUGGACCACAGAGGAACGCUUGCGCGAGGCAUUGCCAUCGGCUCCUUUUGCCUUAGAGACGACGAAAUGAUCUACAACCAAGGCUUCCCGAUCGAUGCAGCAGCGAGUUCUUGCCGUGGCAAACACGGGACAUUCUCCACUGCCGAACCGAAACCAGACAGCGAUCAGCCUCUCGUCGGCCUGAAGCAGAAGCUGGUGACGUUCUGCUUUCGGCGUGCGCUGACUAAGGGGAAUCUGGAUGACUUUUACCAGAGCUAUCAGCUCCUCCUCAGCCUCCGCAUCUCCAGGAUGCAGCUGCUGUCGGAUGAAUUCCUGCUGCUUCGCUACCAUUGCGUCACGGAAGUUUGGCAAUCCUGGACGAUGGAGGUCAGCCGGCAUGGCAUCCUGGCCGUGUACAACGUGAAGGAGGCCGCCUUCGAGGAAGUGUUCAUGAGCGAGUCGCCGUCGGCGCUGGGCCUCAUACUGCAUCACAGUCACCGCCUUGGUGGGUACGAGGGACUCAUUCAGAACACGCGCGCCAAUGACUUACAUCACACUGCGACGGCCAUGCUGAAAGUCCAGUCAGUUGAGGACGUUGCCGAGAGCUUUGCCGGCAUCCUGCCACUGGGCAACAGCUCUAGCACCAGCUCGCCAUACACUGACUCUUCCCUAUUCCGCAGCGCCCUGUACGGCCAGCGGAGCCCAUCGGCACUGGCGGAAUCUCCGGAAAUCUGGAUUCGCAUAAAUCGGCCGGAAAUGGAAAUCAGAAGAGCCGACACUGGGAAGGUAGUGUUCACGAUGCGCUUCCACGACGACAGUAUCUUCAAUCCGCGGGUGUUGACGCUGUUCCAUCCGCACGAGCCCCUGGCACUGUCCUGCACGCUGACACCCACGAGCCAGUAUCCGAAGAUUACCUUGCACGUACGUAACAUGCCCGAUCCAAUCGGAGUCAGGCAGCAGUAGCAAAAGCAAAACUUCACUGCUCUUCGCCCUCACGGGCUACUAGUACUUUACCUUGCACCCUCACAGUAUAGUCGCAAUUGUAUAGUAUGCACCCAUAGUAGUAUUCCUGAUAGUAUCCCCAUUUAUAUACGAGUAGAUAGUCAAACCUUUGCGGAAUGCAGAUUGUAUCAUAGAAACCUCUGUUGUACACCAAUCAAGAGAUUUAGGCAAGCUUUGCCCUCACAACGUCUUUGAGUAUAUAACAAACAUUGUAGCGAUAUUAUUUGGCCACUUGUCAAUUCUAUUUCAAAGUACCGCCGAGGUAUAUGGCAGCGCAGCUCCCUGCAUUCAAGUAGUGCGCUUCGCAAGCAAGGCAGGCCAGUCAUCAUUGUGUUGCAGUGACUAGUAGGAACUAUUAUUACAGGCUACCUCCGCUGCGAUGGUAUAAUCACCCGCUCUUUCACAUAGUUAUUGGAAUUAUAGAUCACAGUCCUAGAAUCAGUUUGAGUGCAAACAUUGGAUUAUUCCCCCUCUUUCAAAUGCUCUAAGCCCUUGCCUAGUGUAGCUUACACUUAUUAGCGAUUUAAAAAUAAUAAUUAUACCAUCAGCUUUAGCCCUAACGAUAGAGCAUGUUAUUGUGUGACUACAUUGUAGUGAAGUCCACAAUUGCCUAUACAACUCAUAUGCGUUUAAGUUAUGCCAGGUUGAGCGUGUCAAGUGAAAGAUUAUUCACGGUGUGCUCAUGUGUGUGUGUGU